AAAUACAAGUUACAAAGGUUCGUAUUGGUAUUUCACUCAUAUCAGAGGUAAAGCAGCGCUCGUCACGGCAGCUAUGCGUUACACAACGGCAUGCUUCCUCACUUUUUUCUUGUACGUCUCUGUAUGUGAAGUGCGAUCGCAAUAUGAUUAUGAUUAUGAAGAGAGCGUGCCCAAAAACUGCUCCACCUCCGAGUCCAUCAGCGGCGGCACGGUGGAGUAUUCAAAGGGUGGAGCCGCAGGUAGUCUGCUGAUUUAUCACUGCAGAGAUGGAUUCGAACCUUAUCCGGUCGGCCAGAAGGUCUGCAGCUCUGACGGAGAAUGGAAGCCUAAGGUGUCCAGGGUCAAAUGUGAAGAAACCAGUGAUUAUGGAGAUUAUGAGGAACCACAGAAGAACUGCUCUUUAUCGGAGUCUAUCAAGGGAGGUGACGUGUCGUACUCUAACAAGGGGCUGGAGGGAAGUGUGCUGACCUAUCACUGCAAGACGGGACACUACGCUUUUCCAGCCCUGCAGAGAGUCUGUGACAGAGAUGGAGAAUGGUCAGCCAUGAGACUCCCGAAUGGACAGAGAGCGCUCAGUGCUGUGUGCAAGGAGAUCCUUUGCCCCGCUCAGCUUCAGCUUGAUAACGGCCAGAUCUGGCCCAGGAGACAGUGGUUCAAGAUCGGGGAAAAGCAGACGUUUACCUGUCAUGAAGGAUUCGUUUUGGCUGGAUCUGCUGAGCGAAACUGCAGUCACUGGGGUGGAUGGAGCGGCUCUACGCCCGUUUGUGAUGAUCAGUCUGAGGACUGCAAAAACCCAGGCACGCCUCCAGGAGCCUCACGUUCUGGGGAACGUUUCCGUAUCGGAGACAAAGUGCACUAUCUGUGUCAGUCGGGUCUGGAUAUGCUUGGUCCUUCUGAGAGACGGUGUUUGGAUUCAAAGGAAUGGAGCGGGGCAGAACCGCGUUGCUACGCCCGGUACUCAUACGAUCAACCAGAAGCUGUGGCCCAGGCUUUAGGAGGAUCUCUGAGCGCGGUCAUGGACGUGUCACACCCUGACUUACAAAAACAAGGGCUGUUUUUGGGCAGGACUGUGAGGGUUGCAGAAGGCCGUCUGAACGUCUUCAUCCUUCUGGACACAUCAGCCAGCAUUUCACCGGAGAGCUUUCUCUUAGCGAAAAACGCCACCAUUCAACUUGUCCGCAAGCUGGAUAGUUAUGAAGUCACCAUGAGGUUUGACAUCGUCUCGUAUGCCAGCGAGACCAAAGAAAUCGUGUCCAUUACAAGCGAACAGAGUCAAGAUGUGCAUUACGUCUUGAGGAAAUUACAGGCGUUUAACGACAAAAGCCACGAGAGUAAGAGAGGCACCAAUCUGCAUGGCGCUCUAAACCGGGCGUACGAACAGCUUGCCAUCCUCAGAGAGAACAAAAGAAGUCACUUCAACGAGACGCAGAACGUCAUAAUCAUUGCGACUGACGGACACUCCAAUAUGGGACCCAGCCCGCAAAUCAUUUUACCCAAGAUCCGAAACUUAUUCGGCUACAAACCCAGUAAAGACCACACACAAGAAGAGCUCUUGGAUGUGUACGUGUUUGCUGUCGGACAAGACGUGAACAAGAAAGUGCUCUCAAACAUUGCCUCUUCCAAAAAAGACGAGAAGCAUAUUUUCGUUCUGAAGGACUACAGAGAGCUUGGACUUGUGUUCAAUCAGAUGAUCAGUGAUUCUGCCGUGACGAAGUGCGGAGUGGCUCAAGAGGAGCAGCCCGACUCUGAAAACACGUUCACCAGACCUUGGCAUGUCAACAUCCUCUGGGGACUUCGAACAUGCAGAGGGUCUUUAUUGAGCAAGAGCAUGGUGUUGACGGCUGCACACUGCUUAAUAAAAGUGAACGCUAAUGAAUCCGUGUCAUUAGCCAGGGCUGCUGAUAUAAAGAUUCAGCAUGGUAGCGGUGAAGUUAAAGCCGUGGAGCUGAUUGUUCACGAACAGUUUAACGUGAAAGGCCUGAAGGACAAGAAUGUGAAAGAGUUUUACGAUUACGACAUUGCUCUGAUUAGGUUGAGCGAGAAUAUGAUCAUAUCUAUGAAGACAAGGCCCAUUUGUCUGCCUUGUACCAGUUCGUCAAGUCGUGCUCUCCGAUUGGCUCCAGACGCUACAUGUGACCAGCACAAGAAACUGCUGCUGCAUCUGGAAGAGACUCCGGCUCAGUUCAUCAGACAAGGAAAGCAUCGGUCCGACACGCUCAUACACACCGGGGCAAGAAGAGGAGAAUGCAUACAGAAGGCUAGAUGGACGGUUCCUGAGCAGAGCAGCGCCUCGCUGUCGGACGUGAUCACAGACAGGUUCAUGUGCACCGGAGGAACGCUGAAAAACAGAGUUCAGAUGACUUGUAAAGGGGAUUCUGGAGGAGCUCUCUUUCUACGCAAGAGGAUGAGAUACUUCCAAGUGGCGGUGGUGAGCUGGGGCACCGAGCAGGUCUGUGACUCGCAGGCGGACGCCAAAGAGUGGCCUCUGGACGCCAGGGAUUUCCACAUCAGUGUGUUUCCUCUCAUGCCCUGGCUCAAGCUGCACCUUCACAAGGAGAUGCAGUUUCUUCCAUAGACCGACGAGAAUAACAGCUGACUGGAACGGUCUUCGGACUUCGGUGACCCAAAACAGAUUGAUUGCAUUUAUGAUGCAACUUUUCCUCGUAAUCCCUAGCGAAAGAUCUUUCUCUUUAGGCAACUGGUCAUUACAAAUGAGUUCAAAUAACUAUUAAAAAGAUAUUCAGAUUA